AUGUCAGGCACGCACUCACUGGGGCUGAACAAAAAUUAUGUCCUGUCUUGGAGACGACUGCACGCGUUUCGCGAGUUCAUCCAAAAUUGGAAGGACGGUAUCAUCGCGGCGUUUGACAUGGAUCCCCGAUCUUUCUUGCCGGUCUGGGACGAAACGACGCCAGGAGUAAUCCGCAUCUCAGUGCAUCGCAACAUCGAAGGUCAACGAGAGCUCGUCGGCUUCAUCGUUCAUAAAGCCAAGACAGGAACAGUCGAGAUAGCCAACUUCAACGCCAACCUUUCUAUGGAUGAUUUGAGCAUCGGCGGCUCAACGAAGAGGAACAAUGAUAAGUUCGCUGGCGUUCAUGGUGAAGGAUUCAAGGUUGCAGCCCUCGUCAUGGUCAGAUCUGGGAUCCCAAUCCGCAUCCAAUCCACAUCUGCAAACUGGAACUUCGGCUUCAACGGUGUCAACAAAGAUCGAUUCUAUUGCAAGAUUUCAAAGCCUAACACAAGGAAUGUCGAUUAUGAGACGGCCUCGCUUACACAGCAGACAAUGGGAGGAACGCUGCGAUCCGAUCUGGUGUCGUACUCUUCCAGGGACGUGACAAUCCAGCUCUCCCAUCCAGCAACGGGCAGAGGCUACCGCAACCCUAUUACUGCAGACGAGUUCCGCGGGUGGACGACCGUCUCGCUUGACUUGAGCAACCCCGAUCCCGACAAAAUGAUCCGAACACAGCACGGAGACCUAGUCCUCGAUGAGAGGUUUGCAGGACAAAUCUACUUGAAGGGGUUCAAAGUGAGCGCCCCUACUCUUGGCAGCAAAUCUUACAGAUUCUGCUACAACUUUGCGACUGGAAAGCUUGGUCGUGACCGGGAAAGAAUGACGUCUCACGACAAAGAGGCGGAGACGCUGGCCAUUAUCUGGGAGACAGCGGUGGCAGGCGACCAUGGCAAUCUUGUACAGCGUUACGUCGAGCUUUUCAGUGAAGACUGUGUGGAUAUCAUCUCUGCUGAGAAGGCAUCCAGAAUCUUGGCCCGACGCAUCUGGACCUGGCUGAGAACUAGUCAACCGGGCGCGUUUUAUUAUUCGGAAGGCUCCGAUUCCAAGCAUGACGGUGGUCAUCAGGUUGACAUCAUUCUGAACGAUAUCAAGAGGCAGCCUCGAAAGCUGGCCAAAGAGCUGUGGCGACUUCUUGUAAAGUACGACUGCGCCCGAACCCCCCAGCAGGAACGAAUCCGUCUGUUCUCGUCAUCCCAGCCUGUUGGUAAUGUGGAUGGCUACUUCGGUCUUAACAUCUCCCGUAUACUGAAGUCAGUUUUGGCAAUGGAUACAGCACUUUCUGGAAUUCAGCUCCAAUUCGUACAAGGUGCUGAUACCACCAUCGACCUGCACUUUGACCCGAAGAGUGGGGUGCUUCAGAUCAAUCAUAGAUGGCUCAAUUUCGAAGCCGUUCAUGUCGAAACUCCAUGCGAGUUCUUUGAGAUCGCGAAGCAUGAUGACGUUGACGACAUUUUCUACUGCGACCAUGUGGUAGAAGAUUUGCUUGAGCUUGCAAUGAACCAUAUACGGGACUAUGUCGACAUUUCUCCUUCCAAAGCCAUCGAGCUACGACGCCAGGCUCGGGAGUACAUUCGGCAGACCCCCAGAGGCGUCCAAGUUUCCACGACUUCCAAGGCUGGCGAGCUUCAAGUCCACUGGCUCCGAAACAACUACGAGAUGGUGUCCAGGAAAUACCUCGAGAAGAAGGUCUGCAACGUCAAACUCCAUAGUCUCAGCACUUGUGAGACAAGAGGUGAAGACCUCAUAAUCAACACGGAACACCUGUCUAGUGCCAGGUGCGAAUGCCCUUCGACGACAGUCCCGCUGUCGCAAAGCUGUGUCCUCUUUGCAAAUCUCGACCCAAAUGAGGACUACUUUCCGGUGGUUUGGCGUGAAGGAGAGACUGCGUUCACUGCGUUUCCUCCUCAAUGCGUACGCCCUCUGGAUAGAUCCGAGCCUAUUACGCCUCCAAGCGGUCGCUCUCAUUCCGUGAGCGUGGAGACGGAGUCUGACAUUGAUGUAUUGAUGGAAACGGACUCUGCAUACGACAACGAAUCGUCAGAGGUAGACAUUUACUCAGAGGAAGACAUCUACUCGGGGCAAGACAUUUACUCGGAGCCAGGCAUUUACUCAGCUACACCACAGGCUCGUGACGACCCGCCGGUGGAAGAGGGCCUGGAUAGAGGAAUGGACGCUCGUGAGGAGGCCAUCUCUGAGCGUAUCUGGCAGAACGAGGAGUUUCCUCAGCUUCGGUCAAUUGUUCUCACUCCACGAACAUUGUGCCGCUGCGAGGAAAACGACAUGGAUAUGUUUCUGGAAUCUAGCCUUUACGACAGUCGUCUGGACAUUGAGUUCGAAAAAGACCGAUACUAUGAGAUCCGAGACAGUUCUCAGUGUUAUCCCGAUUAUAUCGCUUGGGUGCACGACGUGCACGACGGGAGCGCAGGAUGUGUCCAAGAACGUCAUCUGAGCGUCGCCAGAUUCUCGAUUCUUCGGCAAGAGCACCUUUUCCGGGGCGGUAGGAAACUGGAUGAGAGCGCCGAGAUUGGCGAUUUGAUGCUGCACUUCUCGUCUGUACAACAUAUGGGAGAACAGAGCGACGCCGAGGUUAUCAUGAUCAAGGACAUCACAUUUGCUAAGGCCCUCAGCACGAGCUUCAGAGUCAGGUAUCGCCCUCCCAAGAUUGAACCCGAGCUCAAGGAGAGCUUUUUCGAUCCACUUGACAUCAUGGACUCCAUCACGAAAUCAAACUUUGACGCGGACUUUCAGGUGCUUCAAAUGCCACCUGGGGUAUUUCACCCCAAUGUUUUUAAACGUUUCUCGUCCACAAUCUUUCAACUUCUCGAAAAAGGUGAGACAGUAUGUGUCAACAUCUCAUCUCUGCAGAGUUUCGGCUGCGCCCGUCAGCGGUACCUGGUGAAUACCGUUGCCUCGCGGUUUCCUGGCUUGGCCGUAGUACCCAUCAAGCUCGCAGCCCAUCGAACUGAGGAUGACGAGCUCACGCUCAUAACCGAUCUCAUCAAAGACCUGAGCUUCCUCAACCCAAGGCAGACGGAAUCUUCAGAGGAGGUGAGAGGUCAGUUCAUAUGCUCCCCAUCUGGGGAAUUGGGGGGCAGCAACGUGUCACCAAGUUACGUCUACAACCACAACACCAUCAUCAGGCGUUCGGAGAUCGAAAGCCUUCGUAUAUCUCCGUCCUUCGAUCUCAGCCACUUAUCCCCUGAAGAUGCAGGCGAUUCUCAACGUCAGAGCUGCUUGACCGUUCGCGAGAUCGCGAGAAUCCAGCAUUUCAAAGACGACUUUGUGUUCUACGGUUCGCCUCUCAAGCAGUUUGAGGAUGUUAUAGCGGCACAGCCUCCACCGGUGGCAAGAGCGAUCGCAAACUGCAUUGCAAAAUGCAUCAAGUCCGUUGCUGAGAGAUCCGGGGGUAGGGAUUACGGAAACAAGUCCGAUGGUAAUGAGAUCGGAGACAGGUCCGAAGGGGAAAGGCCGAAUAAAAGACGCAGAGAAGAAUAA